AUGGCGAUGAUAGAGCUAAUAAUACUCGUGUUGCUCCGUUCGUGCCUUCUGUUCCGGCACGUAGACGCAGCAGGGCACCAUGGAGGCGUGCAUCUGGGGUCCCAGACAGCCACCCUCCUCCAGUGGAAGUCCACCCUGCGGCACUCGCCGCCGGCGCUGGACUCGUGGCAGCAGGGGACCAGCCCGUGCAGCAGCAACUGGACGGGUGUGGCGUGCGCCGCCGUGCAGCGUGGCCGCCGUGCGCCCCUUGCGGUGACCGAGAUCUCCCUGCCAAACGCCGGCCUCAACGGCUACCUCGGUGAGCUCAACUUCUCGGCGCUCCCGUUCCUCACAUACAUUGACCUCACCUACAAUAGUCUCCAUGGAGAGAUCCCGCUGUCCAUCACCUCCCUACCUGCACUCUCCUACCUCGAUCUCGGCGCCAACUGGCUGAAUGGAAGCAUACCAUCUGAGUUCGGCAACAUGCCACGCCUUAACCAGCUAGGAUUCGCCUUCAACAACCUCACAGGUUGUAUCCCUGCAUCCCUUGGGAACCUAACGACACUAGUUUCUCUCUCCACCGGAAAAAACCUGCUCACCGGGCCAAUCCCCGAGGAGCUUGGGAACCUCGCCAGUCUACAACUUUUGGACCUAAGCAAAAAUGCUCUAAGCGGUCAAAUACCUAAAAUCCUUGGCAACUUGACCAAACUAAACAUCCUCCACCUUGGUUUUAACAAUCUUUCAGGGCCCAUUCCACACGAGAUUUGUUUGCCUUCCAAUCUAAGCUACCUAGAUUUGAAUACUAACCUGCUAAGCGGCUCCAUUCCUCCAUGCUUGGGGAACCUUACUACGCUAAACUUCCUUCACCUCGGUAACAACAACCCAUUCAUCGGUUCCAUCCCCGCAGAGAUUGGCGCUUUGGUGCAUCUCCACACCUUGUCUUUAUCCCAAAACAAGAUUUCAGGCUCCAUCCCGGCAACUUUCACGAACCUCACAAGCAUAAGAGACCUACAUCUUUUCUCGAACAAGCUGUCAGGUCCUUUGCCACGAGAGUUCACUAAUUUGACAUACUUAAUAGAUAUCAAUUUGGCAAACAACUCUCUGUCAGGGGAACUGCCCUCCAAUGUAUGCCAAGGAAGGAAUCUUCAGUGGUUCAAUGUAAGCAACAACAUGUUCACUGGCCCGAUUCCUAGAAGCCUUGAAACAUGUAGGAGCCUAGAGAUUCUUGACCUUAGUUCCAACAAAAUGACAGGAGAUAUAUCAUCGUUUGGGCCAUACCCACGACUUGUCAUAGCAAACUUGGGCAGAAACAACUUUUCUGGGUAUUUGUCCAAAACUUGGGCUUCAAACAUCAAUUUGACCAUUUUUGCUAUGGAAGAAAACAUGAUAACCGGAAGAUUGCCUCCUGUGCUUUCAAACCUUGAAAAAUUGGAGGCAAGCUACCUCCGAACUUGGGAACUUGGUGAUGUUGGAGGUCCUAAACCUUUCCAUAAUCAAUUCAGUGGAAGCAUUCCUUCCUCGAUUGGUAGCAUGGCUAGUCUGUCAACACUUGAUGUGUCAUACAAUGACUUGGAAGGUUCUCUUCCAGCAGGAGGACUGUUCCAAAAUGCUUUUGCAAAAUGGUUCCUCCACAACAAAGGCCUCUGUGGUAAUAUCUCAGGCCUGCCGGAAUGCUCUUCAACUCCAAUAAAGGAAUUUCACAAAGCUAGAAUUCACCACUUGGUCCUAGUUGCUUUUAUUCCAGUGUGCAUAGUUAUUAUUCUCUCAAUUUUUGUCUUAGUUAUGAUCCUUCGCAAAAGGAAAAGACCACAAAUUACAGCAGUUACAGAUACCAGAGAUGUUCUCUCGGUGUGGAAUUUUGAUGGGAAACUAGUCUUUGAGGACAUCACUAGGGUAACAGAAAAUUUCAGUGAUAGGUACAUCAUUGGAUUAGGGGGGUUUGGCACUGUCUACAAGGCACAGCUUCAAGGAGGGAGAUUAGUUGCGGUGAAAAAGCUUCACCCAACUGAAGAAGGGAUUAGUGAUGAGAAGAGAUUCUUUAGUGAAAUUGAAGUGCUGACAAAGAUACGGCAUAGAAGCAUUGUCAAGUUGUAUGGAUUUUGCUCCCAUCCAAGGUACAAAUUUUUAGUGUACGAUUACAUUGAGAGAGGAAACCUUCACAUUAUCUUGGAAACUGAGGAUCUUGCAAAGGAGUUGGACUGGCAGAAGCGAGUUGCCACUGCAAGAGAUGUGGCUCAAGCUAUCUACUACUUGCACCAUGAAUGCAACCCACCGAUAAUCCAUCGUGAUAUAACAAGCAACAACAUCUUGCUGGAUGCAGCUUUCAAGGCUUAUGUUUCAGAUUUUGGAAUAGCAAGGAUGCUCAAACCUGAUUCAUCCAACUGGAGCGAACUAGCUGGAACAUAUGGAUAUAUAGCACCUGAGCUUUCUUACACAUCAGUGGUGACAACAAAAUGUGAUGUCUAUAGUUUUGGUGUCGUAGUGCUGGAGAUUGUGAUGGGGAGAUGCCCCAGAGAGCUACAGUCCAUUGCUUCCCUGGAACAACAUCAUGAACUUGCAAUAGAGGAUAUGUUGGACCAACGGUUGCCAUCACCAACAACGGUGGAGAAGAAAGAAAUCUCUUUGCUUGUCGAAGUUGCAUUUGCUUGCCUGCAAACUUCUCCUCAGUUCAGGCCAGAAAUGCAGGAUGUCUAUCAAAAAUUGGCUCUCCACAAACCACCUUUUGUCUCACCUUCUCAUGCACAUACACGUGAAUAA